AUGGCGAGGCCCAUAGGCCUCGCUGCACUGUCUGAGCCGGGGUCACCGCCAGUGACUUUACCGUUUCGUAACACUCAGCUAUUUCAUCUGGUCAUGCAGUUAUUUAUGUACGUAGAUGUAGAUGAGAACAAAGUUUGUCCAAUUCUGCAGAUUACGGUAGCGAAAAAGGUAUUAUCGCCACCGGCUGAGAAUGAGAGCGCCUCAGAAGCGUUUGCGUCCGGGAACGGCUCCGAAUUCCCAUAUGGAAAUGAAUCACGUAUGGUGGCGAUUAUUACCGUUGGUACGGUAUUCGCUAUUGUGACAUUCACUGGGAAUUUGAUGGUGAUGGUCAGCUUCAAGAUAGAUAAACAACUGCAAACAAUCAGCAAUUAUUUCCUAUUCAGCCUUGCUGUGGCUGAUAUUGCUAUAGGUAUGAUUUCAAUACCUCUAUGGACCUACUAUACUGCAAUGCGAUCGUGGGGCAUCGGUUAUACGAUGUGCCAAUUUUGGUUGUGUGUCGACUACCUCAUGAGUAACGCGUCCGUGCUCAAUUUGUUGUUGAUCUCGUUCGAUCGAUAUUUCUCCGUAACUCGUCCGUUAUCGUAUCGACCAAGGAGAACAACGAGGAAAGCGUUGAUAAUGAUCGCUUGCACGUAUAUUAUCUCAGUGAUUUUGUGGCCACCGUGGAUUAUUAGCUGGCCGUAUAUUGAGGGAAAAUUCACCGUUAAACCGGACGCAUGUGUGGUUCAAUUUCUGGAAACGAAUCCGUAUGUGACAGUCGGUACAGCGGUUGCUGCAUUCUACCUCCCUGUAACAAUUAUGAUCGUAUUAUAUUCACGUGUGUACUGGGAAACACGGAAACGACGUCGAGAUUUCGGAAAAUUACAAGCAUCACAGUUUCCGCGACGUUCCAUUCGACGUGACACAUCAACAAAUUCGUUUGUGAAGUCUAGCGAGAGAAGUUCUGUGCUGAAGAAAAGCGCAUGGGGUCCUGGCGCCAACGAUACCAAAAGUACACGAUCAAGAAGCCGAUUAUCGUGGUUGAAAAUAUGCAAUGCAAGAUCGCAUUCCUCUUCCGAGGACAGCUCUGAGGCUCAAGUGGCCAACAUCGACGAUACCUCACUCUCCUCCUCGCUAUACACUGCUGGCAAACGAAAAAACGUCAGUCCACCUCUCAGUCCUAUACCGGCAAAUGAUGAAACAGUUUCUGGUGAGACGCAAACGGAAAAUAGCCCUCGAAGUGGUUCAAUGCGAGUUCGUGCACGACCGACGGAUCGACCGCCGUACGACACGUAUACGGUAUUGAUCGAAUUGAAGGAUGAAGGUGCGCGUCCGAGUGUUCGUCUCAGCAACUGUGACAUGGACACUAUUCCUCGACGUGAAUCUCGUUGUAGGUCUCGCAGCGACUGUAACGUUGACCAAUCCGAUGAAGUGAAUCGCCAAACGAGUCUAAGAGAGACAGCAUCUCCAGUGAAAAACGGUCGUUUUUCAAAAAUUGGCACAUUUAGUAGCAUGAACGAUAGGAAAAGUGAGAAAGAACGAAAGAAAAAUGAGAGGAAACAGGAGAGUAAGGCGGCGAAAACUUUAUCGGCUAUUCUUGCCGCGUUUAUAGUCACUUGGACUCCGUACAAUGUUAUUGUCUGUUACGAAGCAUUUUUUCCACAUAGUGUGCCGGAUUAUCUAUUCACAGCCAGCUACUUUCUAUGCUACAUUAAUUCCACCAUUAAUCCGCUCUGUUAUGCUCUAUGUAACGCGAGGUUUCGGCACACGUAUCGUCGAAUACUGAAAUGCAAAUUCGGAGCGGAACGUCCAAAUAUAUCCAGAAAUGCAUACGUCCGACGGCAAUAA